CGAUUUUUAGUGGUGGGCUGAGUUCUUCAAGUUGGACAAAACAAGGUCCUCCCCCUUUCUCUUACCCAGGAUGUGAGGAGUCCCUUUGAAUUCCUGGAUCAACAGGUGUCGGGCUCCUUUGGGGAUCUCCAGGAUCUUCAGACACCACAUCGAUCCUCCUGCAUGUCUGAAGCGAUCUGUCCAUCACAACCUACAUGCUACAAUGGGAGAGAAGAAACAGGGAGAAGAAGUUUUUAGUUUGAAGAUAAGUGAUUGACAGCCAACAGGGAGGAGCCAUCAGAGUCCUGCAGCUUCAGUGUCGACCUCAAACGGCAGCCAUGUUGGUAGUGGUCUGGUUAUCAAGCCUGAUGAUGAUGAUGAUGAUGAGUAGUGACGCUGUCUCCACAAAGAUCAUCACCGCACGCAGCGGUGAAGCCGUCCUGCUGUCCUCAGACCUGCAAGAGAUUGAUUCAGGGUGGGACUUCAGGUGGACUCACCCCAAACUGGUGGUCUCUUCGAAGACCAAUUACAAGUGUCACCACAAACGCUGCGAGCUGCUAGGGAAUGGCUCGCUGAGGUUCAGCCAAGUUCUGCCUUCAGACUCAGGAAACUAUAGCCUGGAGGUGUUCACUAAAACUGGGAAAAAUAUACAAAACAUUGUCUUCCUGCUCAAUGUGGAGGCAGAUGACAUCAGCAGCAGCAGCAGCAGCAGUAGCAGCAGCAGCAGCAGCAGCAGUGUGGUGGUGUCUGUGCUGCUCUGCUGCCUCCUCCUGCUGCUGCUCCAUAUCAUCUUCUUCAUCCUUGUGAGGAGGAGGAGGAGAAGCCGGAUGACGGAUACGAACACAGGUCAUCUGGAAGAAAAUAUUUACGUGGUGAUGCAUGGUAACCACGGCGACAAGACAAAAGAUGGAGAGAAGCAGGAGAAAGAGGAGGAGUCUCAUUAUGUUACACAGCAGAUGUCUGUAGCUGAAGACGACAUCUACGUGUGACGACCAAUCAGAGCUCACCUUGUCUUCAGUGUGCUGUGCCUCGCCUGUAGAGAGCGCACCUUUACUGUGCUGUCCACUGCCUCUCACCUGUUGUGCAUUUUUCACUUCUUUUUUUUUUCUAUAAAAGACUAAAGUGAACUUGUAUACAGGAUUUGUGAUUAAUUUGUUUAUUUCCGUUAUUUGAGUUAGAAUCAAAAACAAUUAUUACUGCACUGAGAUAAUAAAAAACAACUCUAUUUGCUAUUGAAUGUUUGACAUUUAUCAUCUAUUUAAAUCUUUUUCUAACUUUUGUGCUGAAUAAAGUACUGUACUGAUAACAGAUGUUAUAUUACUGUCCUGCUCUAAUUAAAACAGACGUCUCUCAAAGCUUAUUUUGUCUCUGCUUAUGGCUUAAUACAGAAGGUGUCUUAAAUCACAGGAACAGUAUAAAAAGUAUGAAAUGCCCACAAAGUUAAACAAGGAGAAAGAAAUACAUAUUUACAGUUCAUGUUUCUUCCACUUUGUAAAGGUUGAAACUUCCUGAGCUGUCAGCCCAUUGAAGGUGACCGUCUUCUCACCAUUCAGCAGUCAAAGCUCUGCUUCUGUCUGUAAAACCCUAAUCAAAGGCAAAACUUUCUUCACCAGAUGGUUUGUUACACAGAACAAUCUGGAAAGGCAUUACCAGAAACUGUCUGAAAAAAAAAAAAAAAAACUUGGCAGGUGAUUGAACAAACCCAUCUCGUCGAUCACCGGCUAUCUCAGGGUAACUUCAACCAAUCCGAUUGAAGGCAGGAGAGCACUGCCACCAGCUGUGCCAGUUGGUAAAUCAAACUCUGUGCGAACUCAGUCAAAUGACGAGCAAAAACAUGUUAAUCAUCCAGAAAGUCCUUCUUUGUUCUUCUUUAAUGAAACAAUCGUUCCAGUUCUGAUGUAACUGAUGUUGUAACAACUAAGCUAACCUCCUCAGGAGCUAACAUUGUUUUUUUUGCAAACAAACAGUUGCUUGUCUGGCUGGUCGUUAAACAGCUGCAAAAAAUAAAAUAAAAUAAAAUAAAAUAAAAUAACUUGAAGAAGCUUGAACUUCCCCAAUUUCACCAAUCUUAGCUUUAAAAUGAGUUACCUGAGAGCUGAAAUCAUAUCUCUGUUUACACUGCCAACAUUGGCUCCAGCAGAGUGGAUAGUGGUGUCAACCUUUACAGCAGAACAUGAAACCUGGCAGCUCUCACUGACUACUGACUUGAUCAAACAUGUUUCACUCUCCAGGAAGGACAGAGACUUUAUCCGUUAAAAUUCUUGGCAGUAAAAGAAACUCCGUCUGGCAGCAGCUCAAAACUACACACACAGAUUCUGCUGAUUAUCAUGUGUAUAACACAUUUUAAGGUGUUGAAAAUGUUUUAUUAAACAUUGAUCUCUGUUUUAAAGUUUGCAUAAUCAACACGGUGAAGAAUUCUUAGACAUGGCAUAAAAACUGUAGACUAUAGACUAUUCAAGAAAUAUAAAGAAUAAGAAUAUGAAUGUUGGCAAUUGAGUGAUGCCAUUAUCAUUUGCAGUUUAGUACAAUGACAGUUGUGAAAAGUAGCUGCUAGGUACAGAUGAUAUUUUGGCACAGACUGUAUUAGGCAGUAUUUGACUGUAUUUGCACAAAUGAAAGCAUGGUGUAACAUUGUCAGAUCUUACCAUGAACUACAAUGCAUGUCAGUCAUCAGUUGAAGUACAGGUGAUACAUCACAAGCUGCCUAAACUAAACUGAGGAUGCCAUGAUAUUAGCAGGGUAAGUUACUACGGCAUAUGAAAGGGUAACAUGGAGAUAUGAGAACAAUGACUGUGACACUAACAAGCACCGCUCUCUCAAACAGCAGGGAGAAUCCAGCAGAGCUUAUGAGGUUUA